AUGGCCGAGGAAUCAGCAGCUAUGAACGCACCAGAAGAAACAAUUAAUCCUGCAACAAAUAAUGAGUAUCGGUGGCCGACAUGGUUAGCAGAGAAAAUCAAACAUGCUAAAAGCAUAGCGCUUAAUCGCCCAUCAUGUCGAACUAUUUUUAGUAUUUACAGGGUUCCUCAUUCGCUCCGAGAAUUGAACAAAGAAGUUUACACACCUCAAGUUAUUUCAAUAGGGCCUUUUCAUUGCCGCUCGCAAAAAUUGCAAUCCAUGGAAAUUUAUAAAUUGAGAUAUUUCAGGAGGUUCAUGGAAAGAAUUACCAAGAUCAACAGGGAUGAGAUGUUAGCAAGCAUUAUACAAGAUUCGGAAGAACGGGUACGUGGAUGUUAUGCAGAGGCCAUUUCAUUUGAUAGUGAUACUUUGAGGCAAAUUAUCCUGGUGGAUGCGACCUUCAUCAUUGAGUUUUUCUUGAGAGCUUGGUCAGAACAAUUUUUGGGAGAUGACGACUCUAUAGAAGCAGAGCCAUGGGCGCUGCUUUCUUGGAUAAAAUCUGACUUGAUAUUACUUGAGAAUCAACUUCCUUUCUUUAUAAUCGAGAAAUUAUAUGAGCUGCUUCCACUCGAUCAGUCUCCCUCAAUAUACCCAUCCAGCUUCCUCGAGCUUACCUUUAACUUCUUUGAAUAUAAGAAUGUUCAAAUGAUACGUCAUGAUGAGAUUGAUUCAGAAAAAGUAAUGCACUUUGUUGAUUUGUUGAGAUACUUUUACUUGCCUCCUCACCAAAUGUUGCUCCCGAAAGAAGUUUUAAUGUAG